CAACAGCACAAUCCCACAAUGGAUCAUUAUCCCAAGCAAAUGCCACCACCAGAUUAUAAUGCAUUUUACUCCAACUCAGCACCAGGUGCUCAUUUUCAUCAAUCACCUGCAGCUUCUCAACAUACUGUUGUGAUCAACACCCAACCACGUAGCAUGAUGACGCCCCAGAGUACCUACAAGGAUUAUAUGGCAUUCUCCAUUGCUAGCCUCAUCUGUUGCUGCUUUCCCAUUGCUAUUGCUGCCCUUAUCUUCUCUUGCAAGACGCGAGAAGAUCUAAAUCAAGGUGAUGUGACAUCAGCUGCAGUCGAUUCCCGCAUGGCGUUCAACCUGAACAUGGCGGCUCUGGGAGUGGGAAUCGCUAUACACGUGUCAUGGAUCAUUUAUGUCAUUUAUUUUCUUGUUGUGAUAAAUUCCAUAACGUCCAGCUACAACUAUAACGGUUAAUGGAGCAUUCUGGGAGCUGAGCCCUUAUUGAUGACACACAUUUCUGUAUAAUGUCGCUUAUAGACCAGAGAUAUGAGCUUUAUAGUCCUCUUGCUGUUGUAGAACUACAACCCCCUCUCAUCGCUCUGAGAGCUGUAGUUUAAUGGCUACUAAUCCCCUGAUGAUGUCAUAAAUCAGCAUCUAAUUUAUCCUGUAAAAGGGGUCCGAAAAUCUUUCCUUAAUAAACUGCAUUUUUGAUUUACUCCGGUCACAGACUUGUGCUGUAUAUGGAGCUGUUGGGCACGAGGAAAGGCCAAAUUAAGUUACUCACCUGUUUAAAACAAGAAUAAUUUACUCUCACUCUCUCCCUCAGUGCAAGAAAGGAUAAUCAUCUUUAAAAAAAAAUUCUUAUCU